CAGCACCCUUACGUACUCCUCACUGUUCCGACAGCAUUGUGUAUGGAUCGAUUUGAUUCCAGCUUAUGCUUUAUCCUGUCACCUUCCCAGUGCAAGCAAUUUCUUUCGACAGCCUAAGUCACCAUUGGCCAUGCUAUCCGGGAUUUUUGGAGGCCAGAUAUAGGGAUAUGGAUAGAAAGCCACACAAACGCCCACGAUCCCAAGACCUUGAGAAUGCCGAACAACUGGAAUUGGAGGAAUGGACAAUAUUGCAAAAAGCAAAGCGAUUGCGGAUCGGAGUAAAUAGUCCUACAGAACAAUAUCAUUCCCCUGAAGAACUGAAGGCUGAGUCCGCCGAGCCUCUAUCAUCACAUUUGUUUCCCUUGAGACCAAUGAUCAUCUCUACCCGCUCGCAACAAAUGCAUAAUUCUCCUGCAACGCCAAGCGAACAGCAAUUAAGCGAAAGCAGCAUUGAACAAUACAAUAAUAUCAAUUCAUACCUUCGCUCACUUCGUGUUAUGCGCCAUGGAGAUCCAGAACAAGACGAACGGUGGUGGGAAAAGGAUCGUAACGAUGAAUUGGCAAUGGAUAUGGACGAUGACGAUAAUCAAGAUACCAGCGAGUACGCAAGCAUUAAUAAUGUAUUGCGACAAGCAUUUUUAGCUAGACAUGCACAUGAAAGAUAAAGUAGAGCGAAAGAUUGAAAGUGAAAUGUAAGCACAAUUGCAAGAUUUCCACACACUGGAGAUUUCCCAAAGUGAGGCAAUUUGUGCUGACGGAGAAAC